AUGAGCGGCCCGCAGGUAGACAUGAGCAGCCCGCGUGUAUACAUGAGCGGCCCGAGUGUAUACAUGAGCGGCCCGAGUGUAGACAUGAGUGGCCCGAGUGUAGACAUGAGCGGCCCGAGUGUAGACAUGAGCGGCCCGAGUGUAGACAUGAGCGGCCCGAGUGUAGACGUGAGCGGCCCGAGUGUAGACAUGAGCGGCCCGAGUGUAGACGUGAGCGACCCGCGUGUAGACAUGAGCAGCCCGCGUGUAUACAUGAGCGGCCCGAGUGUAGACAUGAGCGGCCCGAGUGUAGACAUGAGCGGCCCGAGUGUAGACAUGAGCGGCCCGAGUGUAGACAUGAGCGGCCCGAGUGUAGACAUGAGCGGCCCGAGUGUAGACAUGAGCGGCCCGAGUGUAGACAUGAGCGGCCCGAGUGUAGACAUGAGCGGCCCGAGUGUAGACAUGAGCGGCCCGAGUGUAGACAUGAGCGGCCCGAGUGUAGACAUGAGCGGCCCGAGUGUAGACAUGAGCGGCCCGAGUGUAGACAUGAGCGGCCCGAGUGUAGACAUGAGCGGCCCGAGUGUAGACAUGAGCGGCCCGAGUGUAGACAUGAGCGGCCCGAGUGUAGACAUGAGCGGCCCGAGUGUAGACAUGAGCGGCCCGAGUGUAGACGUGAGCGACCCGCGUGUAGACAUGAGCAGCCCGCGUGUAUACAUGAGCGGCCCGAGUGUAGACAUGAGCGGCCCGAGUGUAGACAUGAGCGGCCCGAGUGUAGACAUGAGCGGCCCGAGUGUAGACAUGAGCGGCCCGAGUGUAGACAUGAGCGGCCCGAGUGUAGACGUGAGCGACCCGCGUGUAGACAUGAGCAGCCCGCGUGUAUACAUGAGCGGCCCGAGUGUAGACAUGAGCGGCCCGAGUGUAGACAUGAGCGGCCCGAGUGUAGACAUGAGCGGCCCGAGUGUAGACAUGAGCGGCCCGAGUGUAGACAUGAGCGGCCCGAGUGUAGACGUGAGCGACCCGCGUGUAGACAUGAGCGGCCCGCGUGUAUACAUGAGCGGCCCGCGUGUAUACAUGAGCGGCCCGCGUGUAUACAUGAGCGGCCCGAGUGUAGACAUGAGCGGCCCGAGUGUAGACAUGAGCGGCCCGAGUGUAGACAUGAGCGGCCCGAGUGUAGACAUGAGCGGCCCGAGUGUAGACGUGAGCGACCCGCGUGUAGACGGCCCACGCCAUUAUAUCACGUCAACAUAG